UGGACUCGCACUCAGUCGCGCGGCUGCGGUGGAGCGAGAGCAUCUCAUCUGUUCAUCCAGAGAGCAACACCUGCGCCAACUAUGUGAAGGUUUCCUUCAGCGCAUCUCUGACCAUGCUGUUCCCUGCCUCCAAGUCCGAUGUUAGAUCUGUUCUGGACGGAGUGGCAGAAACCACGUUCAGAACCAUCACUUCUGGACUGCAGUACAUUGGUAAUAACAAUGUCGGCUACGGAGACCACAUCAUCGACGGCGACUUCGGCAAAGGCGGAGGAUACCCACUGCCGAAGCCGUUCGCAGCCUACCGCAGAAGCUCCUUCGCUGAUAAAGUGGGCCCGGAUGAGGAACUCAUCAUAAAAGGUAUCCCCUUUUACCCCACGAACAGCUCCGAUGUGUUUGGGAACUUCAGCCUCGGAGAUGAAGGGAGCAGUCUGCAGUGCGGGGAGAACUUUAUGGACAUGGAAUGCUUCAUGAUACUGACUCCUAGCCAACAGCUCGCCAUAGCCGUGUUGUCUCUCACGCUGGGGACUUUUACAGUACUGGAGAACCUGGUGGUGCUGUGCGUGAUACUGCAGUCACGUACCCUGCGCUGCAGGCCCUCCUACCAUUUCAUAGGCAGCUUGGCCAUCGCAGACCUGCUAGGCAGCGUCAUCUUUGUCUACAGCUUCUUGGACUUUCACGUCUUUCACCGCAAAGACAGUCCGAACGUGUUUCUGUUCAAGUUAGGGGGCGUGACGGCCUCGUUCACCGCGUCUGUGGGAAGCCUGUUCCUCACCGCCAUCGAUCGAUACGUUUCUAUCCACCGUCCGCUGGCGUACAGGCGCAUUGUGACGCGCACCAAAGCCGUGAUCGCCUUCUGCAUGAUGUGGGCGAUCUCCAUUAUCAUCGCCGUGCUGCCGCUGCUGGGCUGGAACUGCAAGCAGCUCAACUCGGUCUGCUCUGACAUCUUUCCGCUCAUCGACGAGAACUACCUGAUGUUCUGGAUCGGCGUGACCAGCGUUCUGGUCAUCUUCAUUAUCUACGCUUACAUGUACAUCCUCUGGAAGGCCCACCACCACGCGGUGAGGAUGCUGCGGCGCACGUCUCAGAAGAGCCUGGUGGUCCACUCCUCCGACGGCACCAAGGUCCAGACCGCCAGACCGGAUCAGGUUCGCAUGGACAUCCGCUUGGCCAAAACGCUGGUUCUGAUCCUGGCGGUGUUGGUGAUCUGCUGGGGGCCUCUGCUGGCCAUCAUGGUGUAUGAUCUGUUCUGGCGGAUGGACGACAACAUUAAGACAGUGUUUGCGUUCUGCACUAUGCUCUGCCUGCUCAACUCCACCGUUAACCCGAUAAUCUACGCUCUCAGGAGUAAAGACCUGCGGAGGGCCUUCCUCGCCACCUGCCAGGGCUGCAGGAGCACCUCCAGCACGACCCUGCAGCUGGACAACAGCCUGGAGUCAGAUUGUCAGAGGAACCAGCACAUCGCCGCCAAGCGUGCAGCCGAGAGCUGCGUCAAGACCACUGUGAAAAUAGCCAAAUUGACAAUGUCCGUCUCAGCGGAGACAUCGGCCGAAGCCGUUUGAUUGUACCGCCGGCCGGGUGACGUUCGGAUGCACCUCGUCUCAAAAGAAUGUCACGGAAAGUUACAUGCAUAAAGUUCAAAACACAAAGCUGCUUAAGUUACCACUGGUUUGAUGAAGUGUUCACUAUGACAUUUCAUCGCUUAAGUGCCAAAUUAGAUUUUUUUUUUUCCUCUCAGAAAAGGUUCUCACCCAGUGAAUGAAUAUGUUGGGGCUUUUUUGUUGUUGUUUGCCCUUAUAUUUAAUUGUAACGUGUGGAUGUUGUGCGUGCUUUAUGAAAGUUUACUAUAUUUUUAUACUUUGAAUUUUUGUUUUUUGAACAAUGAUAUCUUCUCACAUGGGAAUAAGGGGCUAAUGAUCUUUUUAAUAAAACCGUGUAAGUAUGAAUUCAAAUACAUAUAUACACACAUUGGUAUCUAUGUAAAUAUGUGUAAAACUCUGUGGAGAUUUAGUGUAUCCAACAUCAUUGUGAUAAACGACAAAAGAUAAGAGUCUCUCUGUUUUUGAGAUGUCUUGUUUUGCCAAUGAAAUAAAUGUAUUAUAAGAGGAGCAAGUUCUGUCGCUCCUCAAGUACAUGAAUAAUGAAAGCAGGAAAAGUAAGGACAUUUGUUUGGUUCGCUUAACAAAUGUAUUGAAUCUCGUUUACUAAGAUAUAUUUGGUCCGUUACAUGAUGCUUUAGUGUUAUUGUUGUGAGGAUCAGAAAAAGACAGGACUAUUUUCAACAAUUUUUUUUUUUUUUUUUACAAGAUGGCCUGUAAUUGUGGUUUAUCGUCACAGAUAAAUACAGUAACUGAAAUAACUGUUGGAUUUGAAUCUGAUUGUUCAUUUUUAUUUUGUCAUCCUGCUGAUGUAUUUCUCUGAGAUGUAAAGUCUAAUUAAUUUUACGAUAUGCACAGAGUCCAGAGAAAA